AUCAAGCCCCCUGCGCCAGCAAUCCCAAGCCCAGGUGACAGGCCUCGCCCUUGCACUCUGCCAAGUAUUGACGUUGAAGUCUAUCGUCCUGGCCAGCCUGAAGCUGUUGGUAUAACAAACACAGUCCUUCAUAUUGAAGCAGGCGUGGCUUCUGAGCCCAGAUGUAUCUCCCACGAUAGCUGGGUAAAGUUUCUAGUAGAGGAUUGUCGAUACAAAAGCGGGACGGAAGAUGUGUACUCGCUGGGUGUUCGAGAGCUGGCCACCCAGCCGAUUAACACGGCAAACCGCCUCCGGAUGAUGCUGCUCAAGACCAAGGGACAGAUCUGUCGCUGUGAGAUCCGGCCUAAGGACCAUCUGUAUGCAUCACCAUCGAAUCCCGCCAGUCAUUUGAACAACCGUAACUCUCUGGAGGCAAAGGGGAGAUGCCAGCCUAGGCUGAAUUUUGGCAAAGAAAGGGGAGAGUCACCA